AUGGCCGAGGAACAGGAGCUUGAAGCUGAUGUAUGUCCUUCAGAAACAGGAAAAGGCAAAGCCCAUUCUGAUAUCCCCCAAAACAGGAAUUCGACAGUGACUCCGCCCUGGGAAGUGAUGUAUAGGGAGAGCUUAACAACCAGCGUCGCGGAGUCGAUGUAUGCAUACCGUCAAGAAUUUGGAAGAACCUAUCAUGCGUACAAGGAUGGAAAGUACAUUUUCCCGAACGACGAGCGAGAGGCAAACCGCCUAGACCUACAACAUCACCUCUUCGCAAAGACAUUCGGAAACAGAUUGUAUUUUGCACCGCUUCACAAUCCCAGGAACGCCCUCGACGUCGGCACGGGAACAGGCAUUUGGGCCAUAGAAUUCGCAGACGAAUUUCCAAACUGUCAGGUCGUUGGCACUGAUCUGAGCCCUGGACAACCAUCACUCAUUCCUCCAAAUCUGAAGUUCGUCAUCGACGAUGCCGAGGACCAAUGGCUUUACGAAACGGGCUUCGACUACAUUCAUUUGCGCUUGAUGGCUGGAUGCUUUUCAGACUGGCAGAACCUCUUCAACCAAGCAUUUCAGAACCUUGAACCAAAUGGAUGGCUAGAGCUUCAAGACUACGGGCUGCCAGUGAAGUCUGCUGACGGCACUGCCGAUGGCACUGAUCUUCUACUCUGGGGCGAGCUGUUGUGCGAAGCUGCGAAGAAACUCGGCCGACCGAUGGGCUCCGAUGCAAGCGAAAUGUACGAGAAGUGGAUGAGACAAGCCGGCUUCGUCGACAUACAACAACGCAUGUUCAUGUGGCCGACCAACGGUUGGCCCAAGAACCGCUACAUGAAGGAGCUUGGUCGCUGGAAUCAAGUCAACAUCAUGGAAGGACUGGAGGGAUUCUGUCUCGCACUUCUAACGCGUGGACUGGGAUGGCGUAAGGAGGAGGUUGAUGUCUUCGUCGCUAAGGUCAACCGCGACCUGGCGAACAAGCACAUUCACGGCUACUUCCCUAUGCCAGUCACCUAUGGCAGGAAACCCUAUCCCGGCGAGGUCAUAUCGAACAGCUAG